CAAACAAGCUAGUUAUAUAGUUUUUUCCAAAAGAAAGAACAUGGCAGAAUCAACACAUCAUCAUGUGGUUCUCUUCCCAUACAUGUCAAAAGGCCACACCAUCCCUCUCCUCCAGUUCGGUCGUCUCCUCCUCAGCCACAAUGAACCAACCACCUCCUUCACCGUCACCGUCUUCACCACUCCCAAGAACCAACCUUUUGUCUCAGAGUUCCUCUCGGACACACCGGAGAUCAAAGUCAUCUCUCUCCCUUUCCCUGAAAACAUCUCCGGGAUCCCUCCCAGGGUCGAGAGCACGGACAAGCUCCCUUCCAUGUCACUCUUCGUCCCAUUCACGCGGGCCACGAAGCUUCUCCAACCAUUCUUCGAAGAAACACUCAAGAAUGAUCUUCCACAAGUUUCUUUCAUGGUCUCCGAUGGAUUCCUCUGGUGGACAUCGGAAUCUGCUGCUAAGUUCAAGAUUCCUAGGUUGGUCUUUUACGGCUUUAACUCUUACGCCUCCGCUGUCAUGAACUCUUCUUUACAAAACAAAAUCUUUACCGAACCGGAAACUAAAUCUGAUACCGAACCUGUCACUGUACCGGACUUUCCAUGGAUCCAGGUUAAAAAGUGUGAUUUCUAUCAUCUUCCUACCGAUCCAGGUCCAGCCCUUGAACUAUUAAUAGACCAAGUGAUUGCAACCACCACAAGUUAUGGGUCUCUAGUUAAUAGCUUCUAUGAGCUCGAGUCAGGAUUUGUUGAUUACAACAACAACCGCUCUGAUAGACCAAAGUCGUGGUGUGUUGGGCCAUUGUGUUUCAAAGAUCCUCCUACAUCGGGGAGGGCUAAACCGGCUUGGAUUCAGUGGUUGGAUCGGAAACAAGAAGAAGGACGUCCGGUUUUGUACGUGGCCUUUGGAACGCAGGCAGAGUUAUCGGCCAAGCAGCUUAUGGAACUAGCUUUAGGCUUGGAAGAUUCAAAGGUCAAUUUUUUGUGGGUCACGAGAAAAGCUGUGGAAGAGAUACUUGGAGAAGGAUUCAAGGAUAGAAUAAAAGAGAGUGGGAUGAUAGUGAGAGAUUGGGUGGACCAAUGGGAGAUAUUGUCACAUGAAAGUGUCAAAGGAUUCUUGAGCCAUUGUGGUUGGAACUCAGCGCAAGAGAGCAUAUGCGUUGGGGUCCCGUUGCUGGCUUGGCCAAUGAUGGCCGAGCAACCUUUCAACGCAAGGAUGGUUGUGGAGGAGAUAAAGGUCGGAGUAGGACUUGAAACCGAAGAUGGUAAUGUUCAAGGAUUUGUGACAAGACAUGAACUAAGUGGAAAGGUUAAAGAACUGAUCGAAGGAGAAACGGGGAAAAUGGCAAGAAAGAAUGUGAAAGAAUACUCAAAAAUGGCAAAGGCAGCUUUGGUUCAAGGAACUGGUUCGUCUUGGAAGAAUUUGGAUUUGCUCAUAAGGACAUUAUGCAAGAGUAGAGAGCUAGCCAAAGAAUGCUAAUAAGUAAUAAGUCCAAUACAUGUUAUUAUUCGAUCUUUAAUAAUUGGUUUAGUUGAAAAACUAAACCUGUGGGAUAAAGAGUGAUCUUUAAGAGAUACACGACAUACAAUGUCCGUAACAUUUCUGAAUUUCAGCACGGAGAAGAUAUCGAUCAAACAUAUACCGUUGGUACCGCCGGUGUGGGUUCAAAUAUAGGCACAACGAUUACUCGUCGAACAAGAGUUCAGGAUAAACAAGCACAUGAACAAUUAAAACAUGAUUUAAUAGAACAUAUUUGGACUAAUUUUGGACAUCUUCAAGAUUAUGAAAAUUAAGUUUUAAAGUUCUAUGAAUUCAAUGUUGUUAAUUUUAAUCGUUGUAUGCUUGAUGUUUUAUAUUAAUAAUGUCAAAAUUGUAUGUU